ACUUGCAUCUGGCCGCGGAGCUGGGGAAGACGCUUCUGGAGCGCAACAAAGAGCUGGAGGACUCCCUGCAGCAGAUGUACGCCACCAACGAGGAACAAGUGCAGGAAAUCGAGUACCUGACCAAGCAGCUAGAGAUGUUGCGGCAGAUGAAUGAACAGCAUGCGAAAGUCUACGAGCAGCUGGACCUGACAGCACGGGACCUGGAGCUAGCUAACCAGAAACUCGUGCUGGAAAGCAAGACAUCCCAACAGAAGAUACAGUGCUUGACGGAAACGAUCGAGGGGCUGCAGAACCAAGUGGAGGAGCUGCAGAAGCAGGUGGAGGAAAUGCGGAGCUUGGAGCAGCUCCGAAUUCGGCGGGAGAAGAGGGAGCGGCGCCGAACCAUCCACACUUUCCCCUGCCUUAAGGAGCUGUGCUCCAGCCCCAGGUAUGAGGACGCGUUCCAGGUCCACAGCUCUUCCACGGAGUUCAACCAGAAGCCACUGGAGAGGGAGAACGAGCGCCUCCAAGCCAUGGUGAACUCCCUGAGGUCCCAAGUCAACCAGGAGAAGCAGCGGAAGGAGAGGGUGGAGCGGGAGUACACGUCCGUUAUCCAGGAGUACUCGGACCUCGAGCAGCGGGUGUGCGAGAUGGAGAACUGCAAGCUGCGCAUCAAGGAACUGGAAGCGGAGCUCCUAGAGCUACAACAGAUGAAACAAGUCAAGAAAUAUCUGCUCAGCAGGGAAGACAACUUGUCUGAGGCCCUCCUCGAGCCGCUGAAUAACGCCCCAGAAGCAGACUACAUCGACCUCUCGGAGGAGGAGGGAGGGAAAAGUCACGGGCCAUCAAUGACACCUUCCCCAAACCACCCAGUCCGGAAAAGCUGCAGCGACACGGCCCUCAACGCCAUCGUGACCAAGGAUGCCGUGAGCCGGCACGAGGGCAAUUACACGCUACACGCCAACAACGUGCGCAAACGGGGCAUGUCCAUCCUGAGGGAAGUGGACGAGCAGUAUCACGCCUUGCUGGAGAAGUACGAGGAGCUCCUGAGCAAAUGCCGGCAGCACAAGGACAGCGUGCGCCACGCGGGGGUCCAAACGUCCCGGCCCAUCUCCCGCGACAGCUCCUUCAGAGACUUCCGGGGAGCGGUGGACAAGCGGCUGGAGCAGAGCCAGCCCGAGUACAAGGCUCUUUUUAAGGAGAUCUUCUCCCGCAUCCAGAAAACGAAAGCAGACAUCAACGCCACAAAGGUGAAAAACAAGAGCAGCAAAUGA